AUGAUCUCCACACUACAGAAAACCAUUAGACCAAUGUGGGCUGUCAGAGGACUGCAUAACUCGGCAACAGAAGUUUUAAAGCGCCCGGCCCUUGAGGACACAGUCACAGCCAGCUUUGGGAAGUUCAUCAGUGAAAUAAAGCCCCAGCACUUGUCCCCCAUAGUCCUCCACCGCAGCAAAAGGAUGGUGCUGGACAGCAUUGGGGUUGGUCUGAUUGGCAGCACAACAGAUGUGUUUGAACUGGCCCUGCAGCACUGUCAGCAAAUGUAUGGUCAUGAUGACGUCAGCUUUGUAUACGGACGCAGGGGCACCAGGCUCUCCCCGACACUGGCAGCUUUUGUCAAUGGAGUGGCAACUCACUCCAUGGACUUUGAUGAUACAUGGCACCCUGCCACUCAUCCCUCAGGAGCAGUCCUUCCUGCUGUGUUAGCACUCAGUGACAUGAUGCCCCCUAACAGCAAACCUACUGGCCUGGACUUCCUGCUGGCUUUCAAUGUCGGUAUCGAGAUCCAGGGUCGACUGCUGAGGUUCUCUAAUGAGGCCCACAACAUCCCCAAGAGGUUUCACCCUCCCACUGUGGUAGGGACAAUGGGAAGUGCAGCUGCCUGUGCUCACCUCUUGUCCUUGGAUCACUCCCAGUGCAGUCAUGCCUUGGCCAUAGCUGCUUCUCUAUCUGGAGCCCCAAUGGCUAAUGCUGCCACUCAGUCUAAACCCUUCCACAUAGGCAAUGCUUCACGUUUGGGGCUGGAGGCUGCUCUGCUGGCCUCCCGAGGCCUAGAGGCAAGUCGCCUGGUCCUGGAUGCUGUCGAAGGGGUGGCUGGCUUCAGUGCUUUCUAUGAAGACUACGUGCCACAGCCUUUAGAAUCACCCAAUGGUGAUGGCCAAAUUUUCCUGCUAGAGGAGCAGGACAUAGGCUUCAAGCGCUUCCCUGCCCACCUGGGGAUGCACUGGGUGGCAGAUGCUGCAGCCUCCAUCCAUAAGCUUCUUGUGGGAGUUGGCACUGGCACUGUCUCCCCAGCUCAAAUCCAGGACAUCCUGCUCAGAGUCCCCAAAUCAAAGUACAUCAACAGGCCUUUCCCUGAGUCUGAGCAUGAGGCACGCCACUCCUUCCAGUUCAAUGCUUGCAGCGCUCUCCUGGAUGGCGAGGUGACUGUGCAGUCCUUCACACCUGCGGCCAUGAGCCGCCCUGAGCUGCUCGCUCUGCUGAGCCGCGUUCACAUGGAGCAUCCCCAUGACAACACGGCUAACUUCAACCGCAUGUAUGGCGAAGUCCAGGUGACACUUGUUGGGGGAGACAUUCUGAAGGGACGCUGUGACACCUUCUAUGGUCACUGGCGCAACCCACUGACCAAUGAGAGCUUGAGGAAGAAGUUCAGAAACAACGCAAGGAUCGUGCUUCCUUCAGAAAAGGUUGAGUGCUUGAUUGACGUGGUGGAGGAACUGGAAAGGAUUGAGGACUGCACCGCCAUUCUCUCGCAGCUGCAAUGA